CGUGACAUCAAGGUUGGUUCCGAGGCCUAAUGACAUCAGCUUUGCGGACGAGAUGUCGACUGGAGUGGGAAAGCACAAGAUGCUGUCCCUGGGGCCCACGGAGCCGUGGUCGGUCCGGGAAAAACUGUGCCUUGCUUCGUCUGUCAUGAGGAGUGGAGACCAAAACUGGGUUUCAGUCAGCAGAGCGAUCAAGCCCUUCUCUGAGCCAGGCCGCCCCCCUGACUGGUUCUCCCAGAAGCACUGUGCUUCCCAGUACUCUGAGCUGUUGGAGACCACAGAAGCACCAAAACGUAAGCGUGGAGAGAAGGGUGAGGUGGUGGAGACCAUAGAAGAUGUGAUUGUGCGCAGAUUAACCGCAGAGAGGAUCGAGGAGCUGAAGAGACUCCUCAAGGACACACAGGAGAAGUACAGGAAGUUGAAAAAGGAAGUAGAAUUGAUCCAGGCGGGCCAGAUGGACUCCAAGCUGGAAGAGGUGUGGGGGGAGAUCGAUCAGAAGAGGAAACAGGAAGAGGAGGAAGCAGAGCAAAAGAAGAGGGCCACGGAAGCAGCUUUUCAGGUGCGGCAGGCUGCUAAGAACACACCCAAGCGUGUGCCCAGCGUGACUGUGCGUUCCCCUUUGGGCGCCAGCUCCCCCGUCCUGGACCCGCCCACCAGUGAUGCCAGCCAAUCACUGACGGAGGAGCUCUGCGCCAGUCCUGCGGCUCCAGCGGUGGCUGUGUUCAUGCCGGUGGAGGCGGUUGGGCCUAAGGAAAGCCUGGGGGCUCUGGUAGACGACUCCCCACAGAAGAAGCUCCUGGCCCAGAAGGCCACGCCGCCCCCCUCCCCUCUCCUCUCAGAGCUCCUGAAGAAAGGAAGCCUCAUCUCGGCCAGCCCUCGUCUGGUGGUGGAGGGAGAGGUGGCAGCUGCUCUGAGCAACGGCUCUCACGGAGUCGAAGUUCUGACCACGACCUGCUCCAUCCCCCAGGGACAGGACAUCACCGCAGAUGCGCCUACUCUGUCCCGCCUCCUGGAGACCACCACUCAGAGUCACCACGGCAACAAUGCAGACCCCCUUGUUACCCAUAACAACAAUGUAGUAGCCCCCACCCAGAUGGACCUCCCAGCCCCGCCCACUACAGUUGCAGUGGAGGAGGGCCCGGUGGCAGCGGCGGCGGCGGCGGCGGUGUCCAGUCCCCAGCUGGAGCAGCCCCGCGAGGGGGAGAUGGUGGAGGACCUGGUGGAGGUCUCCUACAUGGAGGAGGAGCUGGACCUGGCCACCGUGGGGGACAUCAUCGCCAUCAUAGAGGAGAAGGUGGAUGAGUCGGUGGAGGCCCUGGACGCGGCGGCUGUGGAGGCGGCGCUGUCCCUGUGUGAGGAGGCCGGGGGCCACACCCUGCCGGGCCCCUGGGAGCCCCAGGCCUUCAAGCCCCUGGAGUCGGGCCCGGAGCCCCAGCCCAGCCCCUCAGCAGCAGCAGCAGCAGCGGCCGUAGCCCCCGGCCCAGAGACGAGCACCCCGGGGCCCAGCGGCGCGUCUGAAGAGGGGGACGGGCAGAUGGAGGAGGGGGGGCAGAGACCGAUGGAGGGGGACAUGGAGGUGCCAGCGGAGGUGGAGCACUUUAACCAGCAGGGGGCGCAAGGCCAGGAGAGGGGGGAUGACGCGGGGCACGUUCACGGAGCUGUCGCCGUGGUGACGAACGAGGGGGGGGUGGAGGAGGCGUUGGCUGAGGAGGGCAGAGCGCACAGCCCCACAGUCAAGCAGGAGCAAGAGGACUGGAGCCAAGCGGAGUCUCACCCGCCGUGUGUAGACUCGGACGACAGCUCCGCAUCAGGGAAAGACUCAAAGGAGCUGAAGGAGGAGGAUGGGGGCAGUGAGGUGGACGGAGACGAGGCCAUGCUGGAGAAGGAGUGUGGGGAGGGGGAGGGGGAGGGCGAGGGGGACGGGGAGGGCUCCUACAUGUCUGAGGUGGAGCAGCCGGCCAGCGAGAGUGAGGACGGAUACGGCACACACUCCCAGAGAUACACCACGGCCGACUCCACCGCCAGCAGCCCCGCCUCCUCGCAGUUCUCUAUGUGCAGUGAGGAUCAGGAGGCUCUUCAGGCUCAAAAGAUUUGGAAGAAGUCCAUCAUGUUGGUCUGGCGUGCAGCAGCCAAUCACAGGUAUGCCAGCGUCUUCCUGCAGCCUGUGUCUGAUGACAUCGCUCCUGGUUACCAUAGCAUUGUGCACAGGCCCAUGGACCUGUCGGCCAUCAAGAAGAACAUCGAGAUGGGCGUGAUCCGCACGACGGCGGAGUUCCAGCGCGACAUCAUGCUGAUGUUCCAGAACGCCAUCAUGUACAACAGCUCGGACCACGACGUGUUCCACAUGGCGCUGGAGAUGCAGCGCGACGUGCUGGAGCAGGUGCAGCAGUUCCUGGCCACGCAGCUCAUCAUGCAGACCUCCGAGGCCUCCAUCGGCACCAAGAGCCUCCGCGGCAGGGAGGGCGCGCGCAAGCAGGACGCCAGCGAGAAGGACUCUAUCCCCAUGGCCUCUCCCGCUUUCCUACUCUCUCUCUUUGAUGGAGGCACUAGAGGGCGCCGCAGUGCCAUCGAGGCUGACCUCAAGAUGAAGAAGUGACCUCAAGCCCAAGUGGACAUGCGUUGCUGGACAGGAAGAGGCCUGGUUCCCUCUGUUCCCGGUUCCUCUGACUGUGGCCCUGUUCUGUUCCGUGGAGAGGAGCGGAGUUCUCUGCCCUAGAACUCCUAACGUUAUGAUUCAGGAAAUCUAUGUACUUCAUCUUGCUCAGGCUAUUCAGAAUGUACCAUCAUCAUUCUCAUCCUCAUUAAAUUUAGCCAUGGUCCUGCACAGCCUGACUGCAGCGGCCCUGUAUGUGCAUUAGACACACACACACACACACACACACACACACACACACACACACACACACACACACACACACACAGAAACCCCACAGAUGUGAACACUGUGGUCGUGGUCAGAGCCCCCGGUACAUGGACUUCUGUAAAAGUACUAGUUGUGAUGUUGAAAUUAUCGGAGCAUCCAUGUAUUCUUGAAUAAAUUCUGCAGUUUGCAGGCUCACACUUGAAAGAAAAUCAUUUGAAUUCACUGGCGGUACCAAGGUACCAGAAGUGCACAUCUUAUCUUUGUACUUCAGUUGUCCCAGAUUCCCAUCAACUCCAUUGUUUUGUUUGUUUUGAUUUGUGUGAUUCAAACUGGAAAUCCUAGUGAGAUUAAAAGGGUUGUGGUAGGUUUUAUAUAUUUCAUUUGUAUUUCUUGUACGUCGUGGAAAACAGACAUCUAGUACAAAUGUGACUAGCUGAUUUGAUCAGUAUUUUUCCAUAUUCAGAGCAAUGCAGACUAUUAAACAUUUGAUCAAAUGCUCUGCAUUGUUCUUGAUGUGGUAGAGAGGGUAGUGUCUUAGUGUCACCUGACUGGAAUGUUUAGCAUUUGUAAGAUGCUUGUUGACUCGAGCCUUAGGGAAGUGAUCAUCAAUGCUAACAACCAAGGAUCUUAGAGCACUAUGCACGUAGCGCUCUAUGAUCCUGGCUGGAAACUGAGGUGAAUCAGUCAGUCUAGCACUGGCUUACACAACCACUGUUACCCAGGACAACCGUAACACAUGGGUUGUGUGCAAAACCAUGGAUUACUCUGUACACUUACACUUUUCAUGGCUUCUUGCAGACUGUUGGCGUGUGCGUGUGCGUGUGUGUGUGUGUGUGUGUGUGUAGAGCCCCCCCCCCCCCAGGAUUGUAUGCGUGCUCGUGUGCUUGGCAGAGCUUAAGAGAAUUCACAUGCAACUCGCAAGUGUUUUUCCACCUAUACAUGUUCCAGGUGUUGGUUGUGAACUGAGCAGCUAGUUUUGUACAUAAGAAAGUCAGUAUAUGUGUACAGAUUUUUUUUUUUUUUUUUUUUUAGUGUAAUGGCUGUGUUAUCAUGUAAGAGUUGAAUAAAGGAGAUUGUGAGAAACCACAA